AUGUUUUCUCUGACGUUACUGGUACAGCUACUGCUGUUCUACCUCUCAGCUAUUUGCGCCAAAGAGCUUCCAAAUGUCUUCACAUCGUUAAGCACUAGUACGCCAAAUGGUAAUACUCCAAGACUGCCCUGGGCAGCCUCCAUGAGAUUUUUAAUAACGCCAAGUAUGGACGCCCGAGCUCAGGAUACCUUUUCAUUAGACUUGCCCUGUACCCUCCUGGUUUAUGGGACCAACGGAGGCUCAUCAAUUGAUAUGAUUGAUCAGUCUGGAAAUAGUUUUGCAACCUGUGAACUAAUUAAUGGUUACCAUACCGGACCUUCAAGAAUUACCUGUACUUUGCAGCAGGAUGUAUUCUAUUCACCGGGACAGCUUAAUUUUGGAUUUGCUUGGAAUGUCGGCCAGUCGCCAAACUCAUAUUCACUCCAGUGCGCUGCCUCUUUUACAAGUCCCACAAAUACCAUAACCUGGGGUGGGCAAUCUACGACAGUCACCAUCAAUAGAGAAAGUUUCUAUCAAAGCUCGGGUAUGGACAUGAGUCAUACUAUAAGUGCAAGUGCUGUUGACACUUACUAUUUGGGAUAUACUUGUUCAAGGACUUUUUCAGAAACGAUCGAACUUCAACUAAGUGGUAGUCCUUCAAGAACAGGAAGCAUCGUCUCGUGCGCCAAUGUAGAUGUUUACAUGACAAAUUCGCUGAAUUACUGGUAUAUGCCUAUGACUGCGGAGGCACUUCCUAGCUCAUCUACAGUUAACUGCGACGUUCGUACCAAUACAAUUACCGUCAAUGCAAACAAUAUACCUGCUGGUUACCAUGUUUUUGUAAACGCAUUUCAAAGUAGACAAUUUCUUUCACAGGAAACCAUUCAGAACACUUUCAUAGAUACCAUAUAUUGUGGGAAUAGUCCAAAUACAAAUCGAUAUUCCAGAAGCUGGAAUUACGUUAGCGGAAGUGGUAAUGGUGCGGCAAGCAUGCAAAUUAAUCUGCCAUCAACAAGAACUACGUUAUGGACUGGGACUGGCACAACCACUUAUUUAACAACACAAACAUCACCCCGAACGACAGUUGAAAUUAUAGUUGGUACACCGGAAAUCAGUUCUACGACAUACACCCCAUGGACUGGUACUUUCACCAGCACCUAUGCUACUUCUACGGACAUUUUCACAGGCAGUGACGGUAUUGUGACAACCGAAACAGUGUACUACGUUGAGACUCCAACUGGCAGUACCGCUACCACCACUUACACGCCAUGGACUGGUUCUUUCACCAGCACCUACGCUACUUCUACCGAAGUAUUCACAGGCAGUAACGGUAUUGUGACAACCGAAACAGUGUACUACGUUGAGACUCCAACAGGCAGUACCGCUACCACCACUUACACGCCAUGGACUGGUUCUUUCACCAGCACCUACGCUACUUCUACCGAAGUAUUCACAGGCAGUAACGGUAUUGUGACAACCGAAACAGUGUACUACGUUGAGACUCCAACAGGCAGUACCGCUACCACCACUUACACGCCAUGGACUGGUUCUUUCACCAGCACCUACGCUACUUCUACCGAAGUAUUCACAGGCAGUAACGGCAUUGUGACAACCGAAACAGUGUACUACGUUGAGACUCCAACUGGCAGUACCGCUACCACCACUUACACACCAUGGACUGGUUCUUUUACCAGCACCUACGCUACUUCUACCGAAGUAUUCACAGGCAGUAACGGUAUUGUGACAACCGAAACAGUGUACUACGUUGAGACUCCAACAGGCAGUACCGCUACCACCACUUACACGCCAUGGACUGGUUCUUUCACCAGCACCUACGCUACUUCUACCGAAGUAUUCACAGGCAGUAACGGUAUUGUGACAACCGAAACAGUGUACUACGUUGAGACUCCAACAGGCAGUACCGCUACCACCACUUACACGCCAUGGACUGGUUCUUUUACCAGCACCUACGCUACUUCUACUGAAGUAUUCACAGGCAGUAACGGUAUUGUGACAACCGAAACAGUGUACUACGUUGAGACUCCAACAGGCAGUACCGCUACCACCACUUACACGCCAUGGACUGGUUCUUUCACCAGCACCUACGCUACUUCUACCGAAGUAUUCACAGGCAGUAACGGCAUUGUGACAACCGAAACAGUGUAUUACGUUGAGACUCCAACAGGCAGCGGUGCUACCACCACUUACACACCAUGGACUGGUACUUUUACCAGCACCUAUGCCACUUCUACCGAAGUAUUCACAGGCAGUAACGGCAUUGUGACAACCGAAACAGUGUACUACGUUGAGACUCCAACAGGCAGCGGUGCUACCACCACUUACACACCAUGGACUGGUUCUUUUACCAUCACCUACGCUACUUCUACCGAAGUAUUCACGGGCAGUAACGGUAUUGUGACAACCGAAACAGUGUACUACGUUGAGACCCCAACAGGCAGCGGUGCUACCACCACUUACACACCAUGGGCUGGUACUUUUACCAGCACCUAUGCCACCUCUACUGAAAUAUUCACAGGCAGUAACGGUAUUGUGACAACCGAAACAGUGUACUACGUUGAGACUCCAACAGGCAGUACCGCUACCACCACUUACACACCAUGGACUGGUUCUUUUACCAGCACCUACGCUACUUCUACCGAAGUAUUCACAGGCAGUAACGGUAUUGUGACAACCGAAACAGUGUACUACGUUGAGACCCCAACAGGCAGCGGUGCUACCACCACUUACACACCAUGGACUGGUUCUUUUACCAGCACCUACGCUACUUCUACCGAAGUAUUCACAGGCAGUAACGGUAUUGUGACAACCGAAACAGUGUACUACGUUGAGACUCCAACAGGCAGCGGUGCUACCACCACUUACACACCAUGGACUGGUUCUUUUACCAUCACCUACGCUACUUCUACCGAAGUAUUCACGGGCAGUAACGGUAUUGUGACAACCGAAACAGUGUACUACGUUGAGACCCCAACAGGCAGCGGUGCUACCACCACUUACACACCAUGGGCUGGUACUUUCACCAGCACCUACGCAACCUCUACUGAAGUUUUCACGGGCAGUAACGGUAUUGUCACAACCGAGACAGUGUACUACGUAGAAACGCCUGUGUCAGCUUAUUAUGGUAACAAUACCCAAAGUACCUCUUCAAGUAUAAUUUUGAGUUCUGAGGAACCAGCUAGGGGUGUUUCAAGCAUCGUAACUCCGUCAAGUCAAACGAGUUUUACAAGUUCACCAUAUUCUGGAACCCCUCGCGAUGAAACAAGCACGUAUCAUUCAACGUUUGCGUCUUUAAGUCACAGUUCAAACAUUGUAACAUCAGGUACGCAAAGCUCCGAGGUUUCCAUCUUUCACUCUGGCAGUUCGUAUUCAGCCUCCUCCGCCUCAAGUGUCACAAAUGGUAACAGUGAAUCCGUAAUUACCACUACUAUUAGUGGUAUCGUAACAUCUUACACCACUAUUUGCCCUGUGUCCAACCCUAUAUCUGUCGUGUCAACGACCACUUCGAAUGACCGCACAAUAGAAUCUUCUGGUACUGUCGUUUCUCCAACUUAUAGUACACCUUCUGCUUAUAGCGCUUCUCCAAAAAGUGCUACCAGUUCAGACGCAUAUGUGAAGGCUAGUAAUGGUGCAUCCGUGUCUACGACCACACAAGAUAUUCGAUUUACCAGUGCAUCUUCAAAGAGUUCUUCGCCUUCAAAAGUCUCCGUUGUAACGGGUUCCUCAGAACCAAGCGAUUCUUACAUUACUGAAAGUCAAGCACGUCAGCAUUUGACAUCUGACACUGUGCAAACCGCUACGGAUUUUGAUACCUCAACCGUGGGCUUAAGCACCGUUAUGAGUGUGACUUCCGCAUCACAAUCGCCACAAACUCUGACUCCAGAGCUAAGCGCUUCUACAAGAGCACCACAAUCGGUGUCGUCUCUUUCUAUAUACGAGGGUGUGGCCAACAGGCUCAGGGUAGGCAUUCUGUUUGCUGUACCACUUGCACUUCUCUAG